AUGAUCGACGUAUUUGACGAGGACGAAAAUACUGUCGGUAAAUACGAAGAAGAGAGGAUGCGCUUGCCUCUGGAACCACUGCUCAGGACGUCGUCGUCAUCGGCGAGGAUGACGACGAAGACGUUGUCGACAAAGGAAAAGGAGGAUAGACGUCUUGCCUUUCUACACACACACUUACGUCUUCAUCAUUGGCUAUGGACGAAGACGAGCGCACCGUCGACAAAGGGAAGCAAGGACGAUAAGCCUGCCUCUAUACGCCUUUCUCCACAUCCGAUCAUCGCAUUCGAUGAGGAUGAGAAUUAUUACUCAAGAACUGCUCUAUCUGAGGCCUCCGAAACCACAACUCUGUCAAAGACCACGACAGUUGCCAGUACCCUCGAGUCUACAAUUUCCGCGGUCACAACUCCUAAUGUGACGGAUAUAUGUCUCGGGCGUUCUCCCUACGGGCUUUACCACAUCAGAAUCCGCUCUCAAGUCGUCCUCGUAUUCGACGAGGACGAGAAUGCUAGUAACAAGGAGAAUAAAGAGGGCAGCCUUGCUUCUACAGCCAGCGCUCAACGCAUUGCUGUGAUCACAGAUGACGAUGCUGAUGAGUUUUACCCGCAGAUGGGCAUGGGUCUGGGUCUGGAGAUGACACGACCUAUGGCGCCUGCUGGGUCCAGAUUGGAACCAGUGGAUGGUUCCCUUCCGUCGACGCGCAGACCGGUUGCACCAAAACUGUCCCUCAUGCUAGAUACGCUCCUGAUCGACUUCUGGUUGGCUCGCUGGCAGCAAUGA